AUCCCUGCGACAAUAAUCAUUUUGUCAGUUGAUUAUUGAAGUUCUUGGUGUCAGGUACUUACCUGGCAGUAUAGAGACUACAAUAUUUCUUUAAAAAAAUUUCAAUUUUUACAAAGACAAAAAAAAUUUUCAAAUUAAAAAAAAACAAUUGAAAAUCAACAAAGAUGGAUUGCAACCGUAAUUGUCCCUUGACAACUAACAAUUUGAGUAGUCCAACAUUGGCAUCAACAUGUGGUGGAGCAACAUUUUUACUAUUUAUGGGAAUUUUGGAGCAAUAUCUUCGAAGAAAAUGUGACCUCGAAGAUCCAUGCGGACGUGUAUCGUCACGCAAUUUUCAUGAUGAAAGUUAUGACUUUAUUGUUAUUGGAGGAGGAAGUGCCGGUUCUGCGGUUGCAGCGAGGUUAUCAGAAGAAAAAUGUUUUUCAGUAUUACUUUUGGAGGCUGGUUUAGAUGAACCAGCAUGGUCACAAGUGCCAUCAUUUUUUUUCAAUUAUUUACAUUCCGAUAUGGAUUGGCAAUAUACAACAGAAACCGAAGAAAAUGCAUGUCUCAAUAAAAAAGAUCAAAAAUGCUACUGGGGAAGAGGAAAGGUCCUUGGUGGAACGAGUGUAAUGAAUGGAAUGAUGUACAUGAGAGGAUCCCAUAAAGAUUAUGACAAUUGGGCAAAAUUGGGUAACAAAGGAUGGUCCUAUCGUGAUGUUCUUCCUUAUUUUAAAAAAAGUGAAAAUAAUUUACAACUCGAUAAAGUCGAUCCCGGAUAUCAUGGCACUGGUGGACCAAUUUCUGUAACUCAAUUUAAUCAUCAUUUUCCAAUUAGUUACGAUAUUCUUCAAGCUGGUAAAGAAAUGGGUUACAAUACCGGUGAUUUAAAUGGAAGAAAUCACACUGGAUUUAUGAUUGCUCAAACAAAUUCAUUUCAAGGAUCACGAUUAUCAAGUGCACGUGCUUUUGUUCGACCAGCUCGUAAUCGUCCAAAUUUUCACGUUAUGCUCAAUUCAACGGUGACAAAAAUUAUUUUUGAUAAUAAUAAAAAAGCAGUGGCUGUUGAAUUUAACAAGGAUGGAAAAUUACAUAAAGUUGGCGUUAAGAAAGAAGUGGUCGUUAGUGGAGGAGCUGUUAAUUCACCACAAAUACUAUUGAACAGUGGAAUUGGUCCAAAAGAAGAAUUAAAGGAAGUUAAUGUUCCAGUGGUACAUGAUCUUCCAGGUGUUGGUAAAAAUUUACAUAAUCAUGUUUCCUUUUCUCUCACGUUCACUAUUAAUGAACCUAAUAACAAUACAUUAAAUUGGGCCUCUGCUAUGGACUAUUUGAUUAAUGGAAAGGGGCCUAUGUCGGGAACAGGAAUUUCGGAAGUAACAGGAAUGAUAAACACAAAAUACGCAAAUCCACAAGAGGAUCAUCCGGAUAUACAAUUGAUUUUCGGUGGUUAUUUAGCAGCUUGCUCUGAAAGUGGAGUAGUGACUGAAAAUUCAGACUCACCACGAGAAAUUGGUAUCUAUCCAACGGUUCUUCAUCCAAAAAGUAAAGGAUACCUUCGUUUAAGAAAUAACGAUCCCCUCUCGAAACCAAUGAUUUAUCCAAAAUAUUUUUCUCAUCCCGACGAUAUUGGUGCUCUAGUUGAGGGUAUUAAAUUUGCCAUAAAAUUGACUGAAACCGAUGCUCUUAAAAAAUACAACGUGACACUUGACAAGACGCCAGUGAAAAAUUGUGAACAAUUGGAAUUUGGAAGUGAUUCAUAUUGGGAAUGUGCAGUGAAGUAUAAUACAAAUCCAGAAAAUCAUCAAGCCGGUUCUUGUAAAAUGGGUCCUGACACUGAUCCAUUGGCAGUUGUUGAUAAUGAAUUGAGAGUUAAAGGAGUACAAGGGGUUCGUGUUGCUGACACAAGUAUAAUGCCUAAUGUUAUUUCCGGUAAUACACAUGCUCCAGCUGUGAUGAUUGGCGAAAGAGCGGCAGAUUUUAUCAAAAAAUGUUAUAAAAAUCAAUGUAAACAGUACGAUAAUGAUUUUUAUCAUCAUUAUUAUUUCCAACAUCAUCAUUUUCAAUAUUAUCCACAUAAUUCUCAAAAUCAUCCAAAUAAUUUCCAACAUUAUCCAUAUUAACAACAGUAUUAUAUUGUAAGAUUUAGAUAUAAUAUUGAAGAUUUUAUUUUUAACUAUAUAAUUAAGACAAGAGUGAAUUUUAUUACGACUAUACUUACGUAUUUGUGAUUUUAUAUCUAGUAAAUAAUAAAAAUUUACUAAAAAAAAAUUGUAUUAUUUAUUUCUAAUUAAACUUGUCCUCCUGGUUUGAUUCCAAAGUUAAUUAAUAAUUUUUUUUUAUUUUUUUCCAAAUAAUCCUGACAUGAUGCAUUUUAAUUGUAAAGAAAGAAGCAAUGAAGAAAGAAUAAAAGGUUGUUUUAUAUUAAUGGUGAAUAACAAAAUGAGCUUAACUGCUUAAUAAUAAUCUAAAUUCGGCUACUACUUUUCUAGUAAACAAAAUUUUGUCAUAAUUCUCGUCAACUA